AUCACACAAAUAAAAGCCGGCUUAGCCCAGAAGGACAGAAGCAGGAGAGAUCGAUCAAGGCAGAGAGGAAAGUUGCAGAGAGCAGAUAGCAGAGAGAAACGAUGGGUGGAGGAAUGGAGGCGCACAAGAACAAAUUUAUAGAGGAAUGGGGCGCAGCCAGAGAGAACCUCGAGUAUAACUUCCGGUGGACUCGCCGAAACUUAGUUUUGGCCGGAAUUUUCGGCGUCGCAGUCCCUAUCUUGGUCUACCGAGGCAUCGUCAAAGAAUUCCUUCAAUUUGAAUGGAGGGAAAAUCGAGUUGAAGGGAAGGAAAAUGCUGAGAUUAGCUUGAGAAAGUUAUCCAAUUUGAAUGACGUUGUUGUAUCUGAUGACAAAGCACAAAUUUAAGUAAUCAAAUUUGGGUUAGUUCAAGUAAUUGUUUGAAAUUUUUUGGGUUUUUGUUUUUGUUUUGUUUUAAAUAUGUUCUGCGUGUUAAGGUUAUGCUUAGACUAGGAGAAGAUUGAGGGAAUGGAAACUGAAAUAGGAUCAAAUUUUCAGUAAUCAAAUUUGAGCUGUUUUGAGCAAUGCUUUGAGUUUGCUGGUUAUAUUCUUGUGGUAUUGAAAAUUAGGUCUUUUUUCUCAGAUUUAAUAUGUUCAGUGAAUAUUCUGUUUGGACUGGGGAAAGAACAAGAGAAAGGAAAGAGA